CGCCGCGAUUCCACUCAGAGCGGGGUUUCAUGAGGAGGUAGGAGCGGACCGGAGAGCUGACACGUCGAGCGGUUUCACGCUCCUUCAGGAUACCGACUCCAGAGAGAGGCGUCCCGGGGUCAGCUCGGACAUCAGCCCGGACACCAGCUCGGACAUGGCGGAGGAGGCCUGCGAGCAGAUGCGCCCUCUCCUCCUCACAUCUGGGAAUGAUGAGGAGGCGCUGGUGGACCUGGGGAAGACCAGCUCCACGCUUCACACCAACUUCGAGAAGGAGGAGCUGGAGAGUCACAGGGCCGUCUAUGUGGGCGUGCACGUGCCCAUGGGUCGGCAGAGCAGGAGGAGACACCGUCACCGCGGCAACAAGCAUCACAGGAAGAGACGAGAGCGCAGCUCCGACCACGAGGACGGCCGGGAGUCACCGAGCAACGACACGCCGUCCCAGAGGGUGCAGUUCAUCCUGGGGAUGGACGACGAUGACGAGGAGCACGUCCCCCACGACCUGUUCACCGAGCUGGACGAGCUGGCCUUCAGGGACGGCCAGGGCCAGGAGUGGAAGGAGACCGCCAGGUGGCUGAAGUUCGAGGAGGACGUUGAGGACGGGGGCGAGCGCUGGAGUAAGCCCUACGUGGCCACGCUGUCGCUGCACAGCCUGUUCGAGCUGCGCUCCUGCAUCACCAACGGCACCGUGCUGCUGGACAUGAGGGCCGGCACGCUGGAGGAGAUCGCAGACAUGGUGAUUGACAGCAUGCUAGCGUCGGGGCAGCUGGAGGCGGGGGUGGAGCACAAGGUGAAGGAGGCCAUGUUGAAGCGCCACCACCACCAGAACGAGAAGAAGCUGAGCAACCGCAUUCCCCUCGUGCGCUCCUUCGCCGACAUCGGCAAGAGGCAGUCAGACCCCCACCUGCUGGAGCGCAACGGAACAGGUCUGCUGGCGUCGCCCCAGUCGGCCCCCGGGAACCUGGACCAAAGCAAGGUCCUGGAGGGCCGCGGUACCCCAGGAGGAGGAGGAGGGAGCAGAGAGAACAGCACUGUGGACUUCAGCAAGGUAUCUCCUCCCCCUUCUUCAGAUAUAGUCUCCAGAAGUACAUGCUGAUCAG